AUGAUGGUAGCCCCGCUGCGAAUUCUGAGGAACGGGUGGAACGGAAAGUUGCUCCUCCGGGGUGGCAGCAUCAUCGGAAGCAGUGGGAACGAAAAGGGGUGUGGGGCCCUCCCGUGGAAUUUCACCAAGAGGAACAUAAAUAUAUCGAGGAGAUGGUUGAACCAAGACCCCUACACCGUGUUGGGAUUAUCCAGAAACGCCACCACGAAUGAAAUUAAGAAGCAGUUUCGUUUGCUUGCCAAGAAAUAUCAUCCAGAUAUAAAUCCCUCCCCAGAUGCAAAGCAGAAAAUGGCCUCCAUAACUGCUGCAUAUGAACUUCUGUCCGAUCCGAAGAAGAAGGAAUUUUACGACAAAACAGGAAUGACAGAUGAUAUGAAUUACGAUGGACAUGGUUCUUCGGGAUCCGCCUCUAAUUUUGAAGGAGCCUUUUCCGGUUUUGGAGAUGCGUCAUUCAUGUUCACUGAUUUUGCCGAAAUGUUUAGCAACAUGGCUGGAUCCAAAACCACGUCCACGAGGGGAGAAGAUAUUCAAACAGAAAUUACUCUGAAAUUUAUGGAAGCAAUAAAAGGGUGCGAAAAAAAUAUCCGUUUGAAUGUUAAAGUGUCUUGUAAUAAUUGUAAUGGAUCUGGAAAAAAGCCAGGGACUAACUUAACCAUUUGUAAAGUGUGUAACGGAUCGGGGAUCCAAAGAAUUGAGAGGGGGCCAAUUAUUAUUGGAGUUCCAUGUAGAAAUUGCUCAGGCAAUGGACAAAUUAUUAACAACCCUUGUAAGCAAUGCUCUGGAAGCGGAGUGAAAUUUCAAACCAAGAAUAUUACCCUAGAUAUACCUCCUGGAAUUAAAAAAGGAAUGCAAAUGAGGAUACCAAAUCAGGGACACUCAGGUUAUAGAGGUGGGAAAAAUGGCCAUUUGUUUGUUACUAUAAAUAUUGAACCUCAUAAGAUCUUCAAAUGGGUUGAUGACAAUAUACAUGUGGAGGUUCCCUUAACCAUGAAGCAGUGUCUACUGGGUGGAGUCAUUAAAGUUCCUACGCUUAAUGGAGAUAUGGAUUUACUCAUCAGACCCAAAACGUAUCCUAAUUCGGAGAGAGUACUUAAGGGGAAGGGUCCUUGCAAGGUUGACUCGCAUACCAAUGGGGACUUGAUAGUAAAAUUUAGUUUGAAGAUUCCAGACAAGCUGACCCCCAGGCAGGUUGAGUUGAUUGAGGAGUUCAAUCGAAUUGAACUUAACCAGGGAAGGGACGACACGGAUGAGAAGUUCAACGUGGGUAACAGCGGUAGUGGUGGUGGCAAUGUCGGAGAUAACGGUGCGGGUGUUCGCACCUCCCGUGAAGCAGGGGCUGCCAAAGGAGCGGAGAAUCACGUGCCGGAACCCCCACCCAUCUCGCAAAAAAAAAAGAACAACGUAAACAACUGGGAGGGAAAAAAUGACUCCAACGUACCUAUUCCACCUCCCCCUCCGAAGUCCACAAGGCAAGGUGGAGAGGCCCAUCGUGGAGAAGCACACAGAGAGAUGAAAAAAGACACACGACUGCACAAUAACAUGAAUACAACACACUCCAAUGGGGAAGGAAAUGCAAAACAUACGAGCAGCUUCGAUCAGUUCAACAUGUCCAGUAACAAUAUGAGCACGAACAAGACAGGUAACUCGUCCUAUAAGAUGGACGACACAAUGAAUAAGGCCAACUCCUCCGGUGUAGGUGUCUCCCCCGAUAACACAAUCAAUGGUAGUAACCAGUCGGCCGAUUCGUACCAACCGGCAGGGACGGAAACGAGAGGGGGAAAUUCCUCCUCCACCUUUUCCUAUGCCAAGAAAUGGAUAUCAGACAAAUUGAGGCCCAAAACUUAG